AUGGCUUUCACAAUCACUCUGGCUCACUUCUGUGAUAAACACGGUCCUCGUUCCAUCAUGUGCACACAAACCACUGAAUUAAGUCAAAUGGAUCAAUCAACAUUACCAGAUUUCUCAAAAGAAUCAUAUUGUAAAUCAUGUUUAUUGAUAUAUCCUAAAUCAACAAAAGGUGAAAAUGUUACAACUCUAAGGACAGAAGAUACCAAGACAAACCAUGCUUUCGUUUCAACUCAAUAUUCAGCUAUUAAAUUUCGUGUUUUAAAUAGUAUUGUAAGGAAAUGUCUUUCAGAAGAAGCUACAAUUUAUGAUUCAAAACCAAUGUUUUUUGGAGAUGAAAAUAGAGGAUAUUCCAUGACUCAAAGUUUCAAGAUUAAAGAUUUAGAAGCUAGAGGUUCAGAAAGAAGGUACUCAUUCAUUGUUAAUUGUGAUCAGGAACAUCAAGUUUUAGAGAAUUGGGAUCUUAUUAAAGAUAGUAUUCUUGUGAUGAUUGAAUAUUUACAAAAAUCAAGUUUAAAGAUUGAAUUAGAGAAUUCCAAGAAUCAUGAGAUUUAUCUAAGAGGUAAAGUUCAACAUUCUAAAAGUUUAAUUGAAAUGUUGAAAGAUGAUGAAUUGUUUCUUAAAUUACAUUUAUGGAAUUCUAAAUUGUUGAGGAAGUUAAUCAACAAAUGA